AACAGGAACAGGAAACGCAUCGUGUAGCGCAUGCGCAUUGUGUAGGUUACGGCGGCAAGGCGCGAGGUGGACGUUGAGCACUGAGUGAGUUCUGACAGAGAGAAAGGCUCCAGUCUUCUUUGGUGAUUCCACUGCUCUGUAAAGAUGGACUUCCAGCACAGAGCCGGUGGAAAGACCGGCAGUGGCGGGGUGGCUUCGGCCUCCGAGAGCAACCGGGACCGGCGAGAACGCCUGCGCCAACUCGCUUUAGAAACCAUAGACAUCAACAAGGACCCUUACUUUAUGAAGAACCAUUUGGGCUCUUACGAGUGCAAGCUGUGUCUCACACUUCAUAAUAACGAGGGGAGUUAUCUGGCUCAUACACAGGGAAAGAAGCACCAGACUAAUUUAGCACGAAGAGCAGCUAAAGAGGCCAAAGAGGCUCCUGCCCAACCAGCGCCUGAGAAAGUAAAGGUGGAAGUGAAGAAGUUUGUAAAGAUCGGGCGACCAGGUUACAAAGUAACGAAACAAAGGGAUCCAGAGAUUGGUCAGCAGAGUCUGCUCUUUCAGAUUGACUAUCCUGAGAUUGCAGAGGGAAUUGGACCCAGACACCGCUUCAUGUCCGCGUAUGAGCAACGUAUUGAGCCUCCAGACCGUCGCUGGCAGUAUCUGCUUCUGGCAGCCGAGCCCUACGAAACUAUUGCAUUUAAGGUCCCGAGCAGAGAGAUAGACAAAUCAGAAAGUCGCUUCUGGACUCACUGGAACAGAGAAACGAAACAAUUUUUCCUUCAGUUCCAUUUUAAAAUGGAGAAACUUCUGCCUCAGCCUGGCGGACAGGCAGCUCCUGCCACCAUCAAGCGCCCGCCUCCUCUGAUGACCGGCCUUGGUGCUCGACCGCCCACUGACGCCAUGCCCCCACCACCACCCGGAGGAAUUCCAGGGAUGCCCCCUCCUCCACCCCACGCCCCUCCACAGAUGUCCCAUGCCUCUGGCAUGCCUCCUCCUGGUGCUCUGCCACCCCACCUGCGUCCACCAUUACCUGCUGAUGGACCACCAAGCAACUGAGUGUGAUGCUUAGGAGUUUUUAUUGGAUUUGAGAGGAUUUUUUUUUUUUGCAGGUUUCUGUGAACUUCCUGAAUCGGUCUGAUUUUUGUAUAUAAGAACAGUGGGUGUGCAUACAUCAGGUGUGUGGGUCAUUGUUGGUAUUUGUAUAACUGCAUUCCUGCUCAGAUUAGAGCAGCCUCCUGUUGGAUGGCUUGAUCUUCAAGCUCUACUCUACAGUUUAAAGUAUUUUCUUUGUUUAUUGAUAGUUCUGAUGUGAAAGCAUCUCAGCCACCUCACCCUAACAUCAACAAAUUGUUUUUAGCUUUAUACACGAUUAUUAAAAUUUUAUAGUGGUUCA